UUCAGUUGAACAUCAUGGCCAAGAAGCGCAGCAGCUCGACCAAAGCGUCCGUGGCGGCGGACUCCCAGCACGACCAUCGCGCCAUCUCAUCCUCACCCGGAGAUGAAGCGAGCGACGUUGGGUCCAUCGCAGUGCUUAUGGUCCUGUACACACUGCAAGGGAUCCCCAUGGGUCUGUCGAGCAGCGUUCCGUUCUUGUUGCAGGGCAAGGUCGGUUAUGCCGAGCAAGCGACGUUCAGUCUCGUGUCGUGGCCGUUCAGCCUCAAACUGUUGUGGGCUCCGAUUGUCGACUCGAUUUUUUCAGAAUCGUUUGGCCGCCGCAAGUCGUGGCUCAUUCCCGUGCAGUUGCUCUGUUCCGGGCUCAUGAUCUUCGGUACGGCGAUGACGUCUAUCUCUCGUCCUAGCUGCUGCAUGACUUUGUUUAGGCGGGCCGUUCGUCGGCACACUCCUCGACAUGGAAGUCCCUGACGUGCAUCAACUCACAGCGUUCUUCUUCGCGCUCUACUUCCUCAUGGCUACGCAGGACAUUGCCGUCGACGGGUGGGCGCUGACUAUGCUCAGUCCCAAGAACGUCGGGUACGCGUCUACAUGCAACUCGAUCGGUCAAACCCUGGGCUACUUUAUCGCAUACGUCGGCUUCCUCGCGUUGAACGACCCCGCCACAUGCAACGCGUACCUCCGCAGCGAACCCAACCUUGUCACAGGCUUGGUCACCCUGCCAAGUUUCAUGACGUUCUGGGGCUACAUCAUGCUAGCCACGACCGUGUUUGUGUGGAUAUGCAAGACCGAGCAGCCCCAUCUCGACCACAACCUGACCAUUCGCGACACAUACCAUCAAAUGUGGACCGUCAUGCAGCUGCCGUCGGUGCUUGCGCUUACAAUCGUCCAGCUCACGUGCAAGAUGGCAUUUGCCGCGACGGACUCGGUCUCUUCGCUCAAGUUGGUGGAAUAUGGAGUGCAAAAGGAGAAGCUAGCGCUGCUCUCGCCCGUGCUCGUGCCUCUGGGGCUGCUACUACCAGUGCUCAUCUCGAAUCGUAUGGACAAGAAGCGGCCGCUCCACCUGUUCCUUCUGGCCAUUCCUUUCCGCCUUGUAGUCGGGUUACUCUAUGCGACCAUCGUGUACCUGACCCCCACAGUCAUGACCCACACGGAAGAUGUGCACUACUACUACUACAUCCUCCUCCUUGUCGCCGGCGCCUGCCAUGAAGUCAGUGUGUACAUGAUGUAUGUACCCCAGAUGGCAUUUUUCGCCAAGGUUAGCGACCCUAGCAUUGGAGGAACGUACAUGACGUACCUCAAUACCAUCUCGAACCUCGGCUCCAAGUGGCCCAAUUCGUUGAGCUUGGCGUUUGUGGAUUCUCUGACCACCAAGUUGUGUUCGAGUGAUGCGAUGAAUGGCUGUGGUGAUUCCGAUGCUAAAUCCGCGUGCGAGUCCACUGGCGGCGUCUGUACCAUCCUCACAGACGGGUACUUUGUCGAAGUGGGCGUGUGCACGGCCGUGGGGGUCCUCUGGCUGGCGCUGGCCUACCAACAUGUGGACAAGCUCCAGAAGCUGCCCAUGACAGCUUGGCGUGUGCUCAAACCUCACCACAAGACCAACUAAAAAACUAAAAGACCAACUAACAACUAAAAGACCAACUAAAAAAGCGUUACUUUCAUGCACGGGAUGAUUGAUACUAUGGAU